AUUCUGUUAGCUUCAGCUUUCAAACUUUACUUGCUCUCGCAGAUACUGUCUUCAUCUCUCUCUUUUUCUUCUUUGGCUCCUCAGCGCAACAAAAUCAAAAAAGCUAUCUGUUUCAUUUUUGUUGGAGACAAACCCAUGAAUUCCAGAAUCUUAACCUUCUGCGCUUAGAACCACAGCUUGAGAAUGUCGUCCAGUUCUCGAAAUCCAAAUCCACAAAAUGAAGCAAAUGAGAAUCAAUUUGAGAACUCGCAGAAUUCAGCUCAUUUGCCACCAACGAGAGCACCUCUAAACACAAUUCCAGAUCCAUCUCAGUACCGCAGAGAUAUUUAUGAUUCCGAUUUCGAUUCUAAAGAUAAACUCGAGACAGCUCCAGCUGGUAGGUUAAUUGGAACUUAUGGAACACCUAGGGUCUCAACGCGUCAAGGGAAACAGCUUUCAGCGAGGAGUGGGUCAAGAGCUUCUCUAGGUGGUUAUUCUAGAAGUGCUACACAUUUUACUAAGGGAAAAGAUGCGAGCUCUACUCACAGGCUUUCAAGAGGGCUUGCUGUUGAUUUUUCAGCUGAAACUCCGCAUUUUGACCUUGAUAAAGAUCCCUCAUUUUGGGCGGAUCAUAAUGUACAGGUUUUGAUUAGAAUUCGUCCACUCAGUAACAUGGAGGCUGUUUCACAAGGUUAUGGUCGCUGUUUGAAACAAGAAAGCUCACAGACCUUACUGUGGCUUGGUCAUCCCGAGACUAGAUUCACCUUUGAUCACAUAGCUUCCGAGACCAUAUCACAGGAGAAGUUAUUCAGGGUUAUUGGACUACCUAUGGUGGAAAAUUGCAUGUCUGGGUACAAUAGCUGUAUGUUUGCUUAUGGUCAGACAGGUAGUGGCAAAACCUAUACCAUGAUGGGUGAAAUUAAUCAGAUAGAAGACAAACUCAGCGAAGAUUGUGGGAUUACCGCUCGUAUAUUUGAAUAUUUAUUUUCAAGGAUAAAAAUGGAAGAAGAAAGUAGGAGAAAUGAGAAACUGAGGUUCAGUUGCAAAUGUUCUUUUCUGGAGAUAUACAAUGAGCAGAUAACAGAUCUGCUGGAGCCUUCAUCGACCAAUUUGCAACUUAGAGAAGAUUCAAGGAAAGGUGUAUAUGUUGAAAACCUUACAGAAUAUAACGUGAAGACUGUUAAUGAUGUCACCAAGCUUCUGUCACAGGGUGCUGCGAACAGGAAAAUGGCAGCAACCAACAUGAACAGUGAGAGCAGCCGUUCGCACAGCGUGUUCACUUGUAUCAUUGAAAGCUGGUGGGAGAAAGAUUCCAUGACCCACUUUAGGUUUGCAAGGUUAAAUUUAGUAGACUUGGCUGGUUCUGAAAGGCAGAAAAGCUCUGGUGCCGAAGGAGGUCGUCUAAAAGAAGCAGCAAAUAUUAACAAAUCUUUAUCAACUCUAGGAUUGGUGAUAAUGUCUUUGGUUGAUUUAGCACAUGGAAAACAUAGGCAUGUUCCCUACAGAGAUUCUCGGCUUACAUUUCUACUUCAGGAUUCUCUGGGUGGCAACUCAAAAACGACAAUUAUAGCAAAUAUCAGCCCAUCUAUGUGCUCUGCUCAUGAAACGCUAAGCACUUUGAAAUUUGCCCAACGUGCCAAACUCAUCCAAAAUAAUGCUAAAGUGAACGAAGAUGCUUCAGGUGAUGUCGGUACUCUUCAGCGACAAAUUCAACUGUUGAAGGACCAACUGUCCUUUCUUAGAAAGCAUCAUAACCUCUCGAUGCCUGUAUCUAGUUGUGUGACAAAUUUUGAAGAAUCCAGUUUGGCUUGUAAUCCCCAAAUAAUUAAUUCAGCAAAAGAAGAAAGAGUAGCUGACAACCACAAUUUAGCUAAUAUUGCAUAUGAGAAGAUGAAAUCCAUGGAAGCUGCUUUAGUUGGUGCACUUAGGAGAGAAAAGAUGGCACAAAAGGAACGCAAGAAGUUAGAGGCAGAAAUUGAGCAUGUAAACCAAUUUGUUUGCCAAAGGGAGGAAGAGCUGCAGCGAACCAAAAUGAUGCUAAGACUUCGAGAGGCAAAAAUCAAGCAUCUGGAGUCUUUAGUGGAUGGUUCAUUGCCUGCUGAUAAUUUUCUCAUGGACGAAAACAAAGCUUUAAAGGAAGAGAUUAUGUUACUUCAAGCAAGAAUUGACAAAAAUCCUGAAUUGACCCGUUUUGCUUUGGAGAAUUUAAGACUUCUUGAGCAGCUUCAUGUGUUCCAGAAUUAUUAUGAGCAAGGAGAACGAGAGACAUUAGUGGCUGAAACCUCAGAAUUACGUGAGCAGCUCUUGGACAUGCUUGAAAGAAAGCUUGAGUUCUCCUCCAGAUAUGAGAAUCAGGAUGAUGCUAUUCUAGAAGAGUUGGUGGAAUGCAGAAAGAUGAAUUCCAAACUGAUGAGAGAAGUUGAAGACCUAAAAGCAGAACUGAAAAAGUACUCGAGCUGUACUCAAGCUGCUUUUGAUACUGUAAGAGAUUCUUUUUCAGAGGAUGCCAAGGAAAUUAGACAUUCAGAUAAAAACUCAUUGGUCGACACUGUAUACACUGAAAGCGACUCUGGAGAUGAGCUGGCAUCUGACAGCCAGGCAUUUCAAGGCAAGCUGGAAAAACUGACUAAAGACCUUGAGCAGGCUAGGUUACUUAACUGCAAAUAUCAAGAGGAUCAGGCAUCACAGUUAUCUCACCAGCAUCAAGUCGAACUAAUCCGUGAACAGGUUGAGACAGAGACCACAAGAACAAUUCUUCAUUUACAUGAGGAGGUUACUAGUCUUCAAUCAGAGCUUAAUGGGAAAUUAUGUUGCAUGACCCACGAAAACAUGAAACUAAGAAACAGCAUAGAAGCUAAAGAGGAAGAAAUACAGAUGCUUUGUGGGGAGUGGGAAAGGGCAACAUUUGAGCUAACAAGUUUCCUUAUAGAAGGUUCAAAAUCCCUUGAAGAUGCCUCAGGUCAGAUUGAAAAUAUGGUUUUUUCAUUUCCUCGAGUAAAUGUUUUUAUUAGAGAACAUGUUGAGAGGGCUGCCAGAGCUUGCAUUGACAAGGAAGAAACAAUUUUACGGCUAGAGAAAAGUGUGGAAGAUGCUCAGAAGAUGGUGAUGGAGAUGGAGCUGAAGUUAAAUUCUUUGAAGGAAGCAACAAUAGCUUUGAAUGAAUUUCCACAAUCAGAUAGUGAUCAAAGCAUAGAAGAGACAAUCAACUUACGCAUGCUGUUGAAGGAGAAGAUCAACAUGAUUAAGCUGCUAGAGCGUCAACUUAAAUGCAAAGAGGAUUGCAUUUUGGAAGCAGAAAAACGUGCUGAUGCUGCAUUCCUGGUUGUGAAAUGGCUAUCUGGUUGUGACAAGGUUUCUCCUAGUAACAACUUUGGAAGAGGUACCCUCACUAUGGAAGAUAUCAAGCUUCAAGUUGGAUUGGAAAGUUUAAUUAUCGAGUCUGAAAAUGCUAUCAAUGAAACUUGUAUGGGUGUACAGGUGCAUAUAGCAGCAAUGCAAAGAGAUAUUUUUGAAGCUUCUACGACAUACAUGAACUGCAUUCACAACUUGGUGAAUGAAAUCCAAGAGAUGAAGAGUAAGUGUAUGGAAUUAAAAGAGCAUCGUAUCAGCUCUCAGUCUUCUACAUUCAAAUUGCAAGCAUUAGAAUCACUUAGAUUUCAACAUUUUGAGAGCGAGCAUAUUCUGCAUUCGUUAAGAGAUGAGCUCGCUAAGGUGAAUGACAGGCUUAAAAUCAUAGAGGAUUCUAUUAGCAGAAAAGUAAGAGCAUAUCGCUAUCCGUUAACGGAAGAAUAUUUAGCAGAAGCAGAUAAUCGGAGUCCUGAUAAUUCUCUGUCAAGCUAUUCCACAUUAGAUUCUGAUUUUUCAAAUGAAAUUGUUUCUCCGGAUAAGUUAAGUGGACUUUCACAUACUUGCUGCUCUGAAUUUUCUGGGGAGAUAACUGAACAGAUGGUUAACCUGAAAUUUCAAAUGGGCUCAUCAGUUGAACCUGGAUCAGAAGAUUUGAAGGAGCUGUUGAAAAAGUCACAUGGGGAUGAAGCGUUGAAAUUCUGCUUAAGAAUGGAAUUGAAUUUGGCAUUUGAUGCUUUCAACAAACUCUAUGCUCAUUUAACCACAAUUCUUGAUGAGAAUAAUAUUGUGGAUAUUUCCCAUCCAGGAGGGAUGAAGAAAUGUUUUGGGUUGAUGAUGGAGAUUGCUGAAGCCUCCGAUCCUAAUAAUGGAAAGGUAGCUUCUAAUGAUAAGGUUAAUCAUGCGAGCACUUUCUUUUGCAAAUUUGAGGAAGCUCGUGCAACAAUGAAGGAAGCUGAUCAUAUGUUGAAUGCAUUGCUAAAAGAAAAUGAAAAUGCAAAAGGAUUGAAUUAUAAGUGGAAGCAGGCUAGUGAGCAACUGAUGGUGGAGAAAUCACACUUGAUUGAAGAAAAUGAGCAACUUAAGGCUUUAAUAAAUUUGAAAGAAGAAGAGAACAAAUUACAGCUGGACGAGAACUUUCACGGUCUACUAGAAGUAGCAAAGUCUAUUUCUACUAUUGAGGGAUGUUUUCUGCAAAUGGAAAGAGAAGUGGAUGACAAUUAUAAGGUCCUAUAUUCAGAUCUCUUAUGCAUGGGAAAAGAGAUGCUUCAAUUCAUUUGCAACUCAAGAUCAUUGUUAGAAGAUAUAUUCUCUGAGAUAAUGGAGAAGGAAUUUGCUCACUCUGUCGUAUAUCAAUGUGUUGUAGGAGAGAUUAAUCACAAAAUUCCAAGGUUUGGUGUACAAUCUGAAAUCCCGUCAUUUGGACAACAAGAAUGCCAUAUAAAUAUUUCACAGAACGUUUGCACUAGUAGUCAAGAUGAUAUUAUUAUUACUAAUAAGAAGGUUGCAGAGGCAGAGGAACUGAUCUCAGACUUGGAAGAGGGAGGGCUGGGUCUAUCAUAUGAAGAUAUGAUGUAUGAGAAAUUAUCCCUGAAGAAAGAACUAGAAAGGAAAGAAAUUUUAUUGAACGGUUUGCUUUUUGAUUUUAGUUUGCUUCAAGAAGCAGCCUCGGAAAGAAAGGAUAUAAAAGAUGAAACUGAAAAGCUAAUUUUAGCUAUGAGUGAAGUUCGACAUGAGCUAGAGAUGAAAACAAGUCAGUUUGAUAACCUGUUGGUUCGGUAUGGAAAAGUUGAAGGCCAUCUGGCGGAUACAGAAAAUGCUUUGUCUAUAUCAAAUUCUGAUCUUGCGCAUGCUAAGGAAAGAAUAGAUACUUUGUCAGACCAAAAUGCUGAGUUAAGAAUGCUUCUAAAAGAUCUCUAUCUCAAAAAAUCUGAAGCUGAAGAACAACUGGAAGAACAAAAGGAGAUUAUUAGAGUUCUGGAAAAGGAAAUCAUUCACUUAACUUCAUCUGUUGAGCAAAAAAUAUGUUCUUCAGUUGAAGACAUGAAAGAAGAAUUGAGGAAUGCCACUAAUGAGAGAGAUCAACUCCAGGAAGAAAUUUGUUCUUUGAAUGAUCAGCUUGAGAUGGCCUAUGCAUUAGCUGAUGAAAAAGAAGCUAUCGCUGUUGAAUCUCGACAGGAAUCGGAGGCAAGUAAGAUUUAUGCUGAACAAAAGGAAGAGGAGGUCAAGAUCUUAGAAAAUUCUGUUGAAGAGCUUGAGUCUACCAUCAAUGUGUUGGAGAAAAAGGUGUAUGAAAUGGAUGAGGAGGUAGAAAGACAUCGAAUGAUUAGAGAGUCAUUAGAACUGGAACUCCAAGAUUUAAGACAGAGAUUGUUGACGGUUGAAAACUUCACUGACAUUGUGGAUUCUGGAAAUACAAUUUCUGUACAGAUCGAAGAUCCCAUAUCUAGGCAUUUAAAUACUAAAUCAUUGGAACUCCACGAGGCACAUAAUCAGAUAAGACUUCUCAAGAGGGACAUUGCAGAAAAGGAUGAAGAGAUCAAGCAGUGCAAAGAGUACAUCUCCGAGCUCGUAUUGCAUUCUGAAGCCCAGGCAUCACAGUACCAAGAGAAGUACAAGAAUUUGGAAGCCAUGGUACAUGAGGUUAGGACAAAUUCGGUGAGUUCAGCAUCAGCAGCAGCAACAUUGGAUAAAAGUGAGAAAAGCUCCGUGAGGACAAGGGGCUCAAGCUCACCAUUCCGAUGCAUUUCAAAUUUGGUCCAGCAGAUGAAUUUAGAGAAGGAUCAUGAAUUAUCAGUGGCAAAGCUUCGUGUAGAAGAGCUAGAAGCAAUGCUGGCUAGUCGGCAAAAGGAGGUAUGCGUGCUACAUGCAAGACUGGCUGCAGCAGAAAGCAUGACACAUGAUGUCAUUCGUGAUUUACUCGGGGUCCAAUUGGACAUGAACAAUUAUGCAAACAUAAUUGACCAGCUCCAAGUUCAAAAAUUAGUGGAGGCAGCUCAUCAGCAUACAGAAGAGUUCAAUGCAAAGGAGCAAGAAAUCCUUAACUUAAGGAGACAAAUUAAUGAUCUCAUGGAGGAAAAAGAGAGCUGCAUAUCAGAAACAAAUGCGAAAGUAGCAGAUCUACUUGCUGCUGAGAUGAGACUGGAGCAACUUCAGGACCGGGAUCAGUUGCUUUCUGCACAAAACGAAAUGUUGAAGAUGGACAAAACCAACCUUCUGAAGAGAGUUGCAGAGCUGGAUGAAAUGGUGAAAACCCUUUUAGGAACACAAAGUACCCGACAGCAAAUUCAACGAACAAAAACUAAGGAGAAGGGUACGCUGACGAUGGAGAAUGGCAAUUUAACUAAGAGGCUAGCACACUCCGAAAAGCUUCUUUCCCUUGUUAAUAAUGAACUUGCGCAGUAUCGCAAAUCUGGUGGCAAUUAUCCACACUUCGACUAUGGACACAGCUCCAGUUCUAGAAGAUGAUAUUUACAGCAAGCAGAGGGGAGGGGUAAAACAAGAGAGACGAAUGUUCUAAGGCCCGGGGUGGCAUGUGAAAAUCUUGCAACCGUCUGAUAGCCAAAAUACCAGAAAGCAACACAAUAUAAUAACUGGAUUCUUCCACUGCCUCCAGGUUUUCGUAUGACAAUCAUAAAUUCUGCACAACAAUUUGUAUAGUUGUUUCCUGUAAAUGUUUUUACAUUAUUUUCUCUUGAAAGUUUGUCCACAAGUUGAGCUGUUAAUUCCUGUUCGUAAAUGUUUCCUCUUGACCGUACUAUGGCAAAGCAACUUCAUUGUUCUAUACACGAAACUUUCUGCUUUAA